GGGCGGGGCGGGGGAGGGCCCCGAGCUCCGGAGCCGGAGGCGGAGACGUGGUUGGCGGGGACGGUGCGCCCUGGGAGGGGUCGGAGUCGGCGGGGGCGGAGCCGAGCGGGCGGGGAGGGUGCUGGGUCGCGCCGGGCCUGGGGCCGAGGCGGCGCGCGGCGCUGACAGCUGAGUCGGCUCGCGGCCUCCCGGCCCCCUCGGCGCCCGGCCCGACCCUGGCCUGGCUUGCCCCGGAGCCAUGAGCCCCGGGCUGCUGCUGCUCGGCAGCGCCGUCCUACUCGCCUUCGGCCUCUGCUGCACCUUCGUGCACCGCGCUCGCAGCCGCUACGAGCACAUCCCCGGGCCGCCGCGGCCCAGUUUCCUUCUAGGACACCUCCCCUGCUUUUGGAAAAAGGAUGAGGUUGGUGGCCGUGUGCUCCAAGAUGUGUUUUUGGAUUGGGCUAAGAAGUAUGGACCUGUUGUGCGGGUCAACGUCUUCCACAAAACCUCAGUCAUCAUCACGAGUCCCGAGUCGGUUAAGAAGUUCCUGAUGUCAACCAAGUACAACAAGGACUCCAAGAUGUACCGUGCGCUCCAGACUGUGUUUGGUGAGAGACUCUUCGGCCAAGGCUUGGUGUCCGAAUGCAACUAUGAGCGUUGGCACAAGCAGCGGCGAGUCAUAGACCUGGCCUUCAGCCGGAGCUCCUUGGUUAGCUUAAUGGAAACAUUCAACGAGAAGGCUGAGCAGCUGGUGGAGAUUCUAGAAGCCAAGGCAGAUGGGCAGACCCCAGUGUCCAUGCAGGACAUGCUGACCUACACCGCCAUGGACAUCCUGGCCAAGGCAGCUUUUGGGAUGGAGACCAGUAUGCUGCUGGGUGCCCAGAAGCCUCUGUCCCAGGCAGUGAAACUGAUGUUGGAGGGAAUCACCGCAUCCCGCAACACUCUGGCAAAGUUCCUGCCAGGGAAGAGGAAGCAGCUCCGGGAGGUCCGGGAGAGCAUUCGCUUCCUGCGCCAGGUGGGCAGGGACUGGGUCCAGCGCCGCCGGGAGGCCCUGAAGAGGGGCGAGGAGGUUCCUGCCGACAUCCUCACACAGAUUCUCAAAGCUGAAGAGGGGGCCCAGGACGAUGAGGGUCUGCUGGACAACUUCGUCACCUUCUUCAUUGCUGGUCACGAGACCUCUGCCAACCACUUGGCGUUCACAGUGAUGGAGCUGUCUCGCCAGCCGGAGAUCGUGGCAAGGCUGCAGGCCGAGGUGGAUGAGGUCAUCGGUUCUAAGAGGUACCUGGAUUUCGAGGACCUGGGGAGACUGCAGUACCUGUCCCAGGUCCUCAAAGAGUCGCUGAGGCUGUACCCACCAGCAUGGGGCACCUUUCGCCUGCUGGAAGAGGAGACCUUGAUCGAUGGGGUCAGAGUCCCCGGCAACACCCCACUCUUGUUCAGCACCUAUGUCAUGGGGCGGAUGGACACAUACUUUGAGGACCCGCUGACUUUCAACCCCGAUCGCUUCGGCCCCGGAGCACCCAAGCCACGGUUCACCUACUUCCCCUUCUCCCUGGGCCACCGCUCCUGCAUCGGGCAGCAGUUUGCUCAGAUGGAGGUAAAGGUGGUCAUGGCAAAGCUGCUGCAGAGGCUGGAGUUCCGGCUGGUGCCCGGGCAGCGCUUCGGGCUGCAGGAGCAGGCCACGCUCAAGCCACUGGACCCAGUGCUGUGCACCCUGCGGCCCCGCGGCUGGCAGCCCACACCCCCACCGCCCCCCUGCUGAGGGGGCCCCCAGGCAGGAUGAGACUCCUCGGGCAAGGGCCGUGCCCGCCCACCAGUUGCCCACGGCCACCCACCCUUCUACCCUGUCCCAUCCCCUGGGCCACCCUUCACGCUGGCUUCCAGCGGGCCCUCUGCCAACUGCCUGCUUCACACCCCUCAGCGCUCCCUGUCACCUGCGGACUCCACGGCCCUUCCUGGACUGGCCCUUGCCCAACUCUCAGCCACCACCAUUGUCCCUACCACUGAGCCCUUGCACAGGCCACUUCCUCAGACGAGACACCCUAACUCUUGCUCACUCCCUAAAGCCCUCUUCAGGUGUCACCUCCUCCAAGAAGCCCUCCUUGCCACCCCCAGCCGGGUCAGGGGCCCCUCCUCUGUGCUCCCUCAGUCACCUGUGCUACCUCUAACACCACACUGACCACACUGUAUUGUGAGUGUCCGUUGAUGUGACCAAUUGCCCUCCCAGGCUGUCAGCGCCUCAAGGGUAGGGUCUGUGUGUGAUUCGUCUCUGAGCCCCCUGUGCCCACCCGGGGCCCGGCACAGAGUCGAUGCUCAAUAAAUGUGUGUUGACUGCAUGAAUGACCUGGAA